AUGCUCUACGGAAUUCGCUUGUUAAUAAUAAUCUUAUUCUCGCUCACUCUCUUUUUUCUAUCUAUUCUCUCCCUCUCUCUCUCUCUCUCUCUCCAUUGUUUUCGUUCACUCUCCAACCAUUCACCCCCCCCCGCACACUUGUCUGUCAUCUCCCUGCCUCUAUUAUUUCUCUUCUUCCUCUUUCCUCACUCUUCACUCACAAAUUUGUUUAUCAUCAUGCCUCGUUUAAUUAGUUCCCUUCUCACUCUCACUCUCCCCAACCACUCUCCCAUACUGUCACCUAUUUUGCUCUCUUAUUUGUCUUCUUUCUUUUACUCCAUACUCUCUUACAAAUUUGCCUCUCUUUCAUUUCAUUUCCUUCUUUCUCUCCUAUGCCCUUCUCCCUCCCUCUCUCCCUCUCUUUCACUCUCUCUUACACAAACACUCAUCUCACUCUCUCUAAAUCCAAGUUAUUUUUCUCUCUACCACUCUACGUCUCUAAUCUUCCUGUCUUUCUCAAUUCAUUUCCUUCUUUCUUUCCUCUAUCUCGCUCUCUCUCUCUCUUUCUCUAUCAAGUUUGACUGUAUCCUCCCAAUCAGUUUUAUCCUUUUUCUCUCCGGCACAGCCCCUCUCUCUCUCUUAUUUUGCAUCUCCCUGUUUUUCUUAAUUCACAGCAUUCUUUAUCUUCACACCUCUCUCUCUCUCUCUCUCUCUCUCUCUCACAUUCUUUCAAGCUUUUCAUUUAUCUCGUCUCUCUUUAUUCACUCCCUUUUGUGUCUCACUCUCUCAAACUUCUCAGUCUCUUUUUUUCCUGUCUCUUUUAAUACACUCUCCUCUUUCUCUCUAAUCCCCCUCUCUUUAAUCACAUUCGUUUUUUUUUUGUCAUUUUCGUCACUCUCAUUUAAUUUCUCAUCGUCAUCUUCCAAUUUCGUGCCUUUUUCCAGGUCCCGUUUGCUUUCUUUUUUUCCAAACCACUCUCUCUUUUCUGUCUUUCUCUCUGUUUACUAUCUUAAGCUUUAUUUUCCCUUUUAUACGAAAGCAUGCUGA